UUCAAAAAUCGACAUUGCAAACAACCUGUGCAAUACUACAAACAAAUUGCGAUCUAAAUAAUUAUAAAUUAUAAAAGUGUUCAAGUAUUAACCUGUCUAUGCUAACUAUUUUAAGAAAAUGUUUUAAUUAUUAUGUUGCGUUAUUACUAAUGUAAAAUAGGUUUCGUUGAGCUUAACAGACUUUAUGGAAUGGAAAUCUCUUCUAAAAAUUCGAAUAACUCUCAGACAAUGGAAUCUCAAAAAGCGGGGGAAAAUGUCGAUAAAAACAAACACAAAAACGCGAAUGAUACUCAUGGGCAUUGUUACUGCGGUAAAGAUCGAAAUCUGAAUAUAGUUGAACUCCUUUGUGCUUCUUGCAACAGGUGGUUUCACGAAUCAUGUAUUGGAUAUCAGUUGGGGAAAUUGGUUCCAUUCAUGACAAAUUACUUGUUUAUAUGUAAAAAUUGUUCUCCUACCGGCUUGGAAACAUUCAAAAAGAAUCAAGCGCCUUUUCCCCAAAUGUGUCUUACUGCCCUUGCCAAUCUCCGACAAGAAAGUGUAAAAGAUGGCAGUAAUAAGACAAUGUUUGGUAAGGACAGAGAAAUUAUUCCAUACAUUGAUCAGUACUGGGAGGCCAUGACAACAAUGCCUCGAAGAGUUACACAAUCUUGGUAUGCAACAGUGCAAAGAGCAUUAAUUAAGGAUAUUCAAGUUAUGUUUACAUAUGAAGAAGACGCCAAUCAAGGGCCAAUGUAUGGAUUAUUUAACAUUGAGCUGACAAAUAUUAAGCCUAAUUAUGAGGCAAUGAUAAAACAGGGACAAUUGAAAGUUACCGAUAUGGGCAUAGCAACAAUACCACUAGCGGGUAACGUAAAGGGUAGGCAAGGAAAGCGACGUCCGGCAGUUGGUACGGAGACAGGAGCUCCCGUUGGCAAGAAGGGUCGCUCGAGUGACUUGAGCUCCUUGAAGCUACCCUCACACGGCUAUCCCACAGAGCAUCCAUUCAACAAAGAUGGAUAUCGUUAUAUACUUGCCGAGCCAGACCCACAUGCGCCGUUUAGGCAGGAGUUUGACGAAAGUAACGAAUGGAGCGGCAAGCCGAUACCUGGAUGGUUGUACCGCUCUCUUUGUCCAGGUGUAGUGCUGCUGGCAUUACAUGACCGCGCGCCGCAAUUAAAAAUUGCUGAAGACAGAUUAGCUGUCACUGGAGACAAGGGCUAUUGUAUGGUGCGAGCUACACAUGGUGUUUCUCGUGGAAUCUGGUACUGGGAAGCGAGUGUAGAAGAAAUGCCCGAAGGGGCGGCGGCGCGCGUUGGCUGGGGUCGAAGGUACGCCAAUCUGCAAGCCCCACUGGGGUACGACAAGUUUGGGUAUUCCUGGCGAAGCCGUAAAGGCACUAGAUUUCACGAAUCACGCGGAAAGCACUACAGCAACAGCUACGGCGAAGGCGACACUUUAGGCUUCCUCAUAGUGCUGCCUGAGAGUCAUUCCACCAAAUACACGCCCAACACUUACAAAGAUAGACCGUUAGUAAAAUUCAAGAGCCAUCUGUACUACGAAGACAAAGACAACAUUCAAGAAUCUCUAAACAAUUUGAAGGCACUCGCGGGUAGUCGAAUAUUUUUCUUCAAAAAUGGCGAAUGUCAGGGCGAGGCUUUCGCGGAUGUGUACCAGGGAUGUUAUUAUCCGUCCGUUUCGUUGCACAAAAAUUGUACAGUUAGUGUUAACUUUGGACCUAAUUUUAAAUGUCCCCCAAACACUGAACAAUCAUAUAGACCGAUGUCAGAAAAAGCUGAAGAAGCAAUAUGCGAACAAACCAUGGCGGACUUAUUAUAUCUGACAGAGAAUGAAGGGAAACUGAGAUUGGAUAAUUUCAAUCUCUGAUAUAACUAACACCGUUGAACGGUGUUUAUAAUGCUAAGGGACUCAAAUAUGUGAAAGUGUUAAUGGCAUUAUCAAUUAGAUUGAGCAAAACUUAAUUCUACUACUGUAUUAUAUUUAUGCAGUAUAAUAAUUGUAAAUUUGUAGUAAUUGGCUAAACAAUGUCUAAAAAUGAAUGUCAUUUGAGAAGAAAAUAGGAAAAUAACCUUAUAAUGUCGAGCUGUGUUUUUCUCUGAAAAUGACUUCUGUACAGUUUAUUAAAUUAAUUAAAAUAAGCAAGGACAAUUAUGACUUAACUACAUUAUAAUCAUGGCAUAAAUAUUUUUCAAUAAGAAUUGCAGUGUCGAAAUUUGUGAGUAUGCUUCUGUAAAAAAAAGGAUAUUUUUU